UGAAAAUUUGACAAUUGAUUUGUUACAUACAUUGUGUUUCACUUAUAACAUGACGAAUGACUUCAAUAUAUUGUCUCUGACAUUAUUAUCAUUAUUUGCAUUAAUUAUUGUCGGAAUUAAUGCUGAAGAGGAAUGUCUAAAAUCUCGGGUUUGGUGUUAUGAGUGCCAGUCUUGGAGUGACAACCGAUGCGCCGAUCCGUUCAAUGUAUCGGUUGAACAAAAUAUGAUGUCUUUAUGUGAAGGAUGUUGUGUUAAAAUAGUGAUGAAUAGAAACACUCCUUAUCAGUCAGUACGACGAACGUGUACAUCGAAGAUCCAAAUAAAUCUCUUUAUGGUAGACCACGUCUGUAUGGAAGAAUCUGAUGGACACGGGCACAUGUGUUUCUGUGAGAGCGAUGCCUGUAAUUCAGCCAAAACUCUAAACCAAAACCUAUCGAAAUACUUCCAAAUUGAAUGUCUAAUCAAUUACUUGAUUCCAAUUGUCAUCUUUUGCUUAAAUCAUUUAAAUCGGAUAUUAUUGUGAAAUAUAAUAAUCAAAAUACUUUAUAUAGUCAUCAAAAUCAUAUAAAUUCUUUGUACAAAAUCAUUGAUU